ACUGCAGUACCGUUUCUGUCUUAUAGGGGGCAGCAACACCGGAUCUGCCUACUUCAUUGCAACUUCAUGUCCCAGCAUGCCCUGCGCUAAACUGCGCGCGCAGCAGGCUGACCUUGGGUACUGUUGAACAACAUGGCGAGCAGGGAACCGAACCGCUUUAUCCAGCACCUGAGAGAUCUGACGGGCCGGAUGUCUUCGUCUGGCGGCAGGGGGGCGGGGCUUGGACUCAAGCUGCUGCUGGGAGCCGGAGCUUUGGCGUAUGGCGUCUAUGAAGCUACAUACACAGUGGAGGGCGGUCACAGAGCCAUCAUCUUUAACAGGGUUGGAGGGAUGCAGAUGGACACCAUCCUGGCUGAGGGGCUGCAUUUCAGGAUUCCAUGGAUCCAGUACCCCAUCAUCUAUGACAUCAGAGCCAAACCCAGAAAGAUCUCCUCUUUGACAGGCAGCAAAGACCUGCAGAUGGUGAACAUCGCCGUACGUGUCCUGUCCAGACCGCUGGCCUCCAAUCUACCCAUCAUGUACCAGCAGCUGGGAAAGGACUACGAUGAGAGGGUUCUUCCAUCCAUCGUCAACGAGGUUCUGAAGUCUGUGGUGGCGAAAUUUAACGCGUCGCAGCUCAUCACGCAGAGAGCUCAGGUGUCCUUGCUGGUACGCAGGGAGCUGUUUGAAAGAGCCAAAGACUUUAACAUCAUCCUGGAUGACGUGUCUAUAACCGAGCUGAGUUUCAGCAGCCAGUAUACCGCUGCUGUAGAGGCCAAGCAAGUCGCUCAACAGGAGGCUCAGAGAGCCCAGUUCUACGUAGAGAAAGCCAAACAGGACCAAAGACAAAAGAUCAUUCAGGCAGAAGGAGAAGCUGAAGCGGCCAAGAUGCUUGGCCAAGCCGUGACAAAGAACCCCGGUUACCUGAAGCUGAGGAGAAUUAGAGCGGCGCAGAACAUUGCCAAGACGGUGGCGACGUCUCAAAACAGAAUUUACUUGAAUGCUGACAGUUUGGUCCUGAACCUGCAGGAUCAGUCGUUCUUCAACGAUCUGUCUUUGAUGCAGAAGAAGUGAUGGAGAGAAAGAGGAUGACGGCUCGGCUGGGACCUCCUUCUGACUGAUGGACAGCAGCUUUGCUGGGGGGUCAAAAGUGGAUAGAGACACCAGCACCAAACUCACCCCCCACCUCAGACUGUUUCAUCUGUCUGACUGGAUGAGAAGAUCAUCAUUCUUUGUUGGGGAUUGGAUGCUGCUGCACUCCAGUUGGAGUAAAAUAUGCUUGUGGAAUUUUUGUUGUUGAAUUUAUUAAAAUAAACUUAAAUCCGACUGAUUGAAA